AUGGCGAAGUCUCAAGGAGUGCAUGUGAUAGUGAGUGGUCUGGGUGGCAUGGGACGAUGUCUGCAACAGCAAUUGCUGGCACAUGGCAAACAAGUGCGGGUCCUGGAUUUGGCCCCAUCGGCUCAAGCGGCUGCCAGUCGUCUGGUUCAUCCCACAUCCAUUGAGUAUGCCCACUGCGAUCUUUCUACCAGCAAUUCUACUGAUAUGCUACACGACGCCUUGAAAAAUGCCGAAACCGUCUACUCACUGGUCACACCCGAUGUAUUGAAUGGAUCUGCCGCUGCCUUGCGUCGCACCAACGUGGAAGGAGUCCAAACUCUGAUUACAGCGUGUCAAGCAGUGGGAGUGCCCAAACUAGUCUAUGCAUCCUCCAUGGCCGUCACCAACCACCUUAUAGAGCACAAGGAAGAAACCGAACAAGUACCCCUGCCCGACUGGGACACCUACAAGUUUGCCUAUGACAGGACCAAACGACAAGGAGAAGAAUUGGUAUUACAGGCACACAACGGCAAUAAUUUGCAGACAUGUUCACUCCGUUUGGGUUCGGUCAUGGCCGGACCGGGAGAUUACAGCACGCGACACAUUUUGGAACGACCCGGCCAAGUCAUUUCCAUCCAAUUUCCUAGAUUGAUUGACACCGUGUCUGCACAUGACUUGGCUGUCGCUUUUCGAUCGGCUUCGGACAAGAUGGAUGUCACGGAUAGUCCCGUCGGUGGAAAAGCCAUUUGUACCACCAAGAGUAAGAAUGAUCAAGCUGCCACGGUCCCUGGAACAAUAGAGUUGUUUGCCCAGGAAUUGGGCUGGAAAGUGGUCAAAUUGCCUGCCUCUGACGCGGUUGCGAUGGCACAUGGAUAUCGCGCCAAGAAAACAGUCAAGGGGCUGUUCCGUGCACCCGAUGAAGAGUCCACGCCGGGAUUGCCUUUUGACUUGGUCAUGGAUUUUUGCACCAAGGAAAUGACAUUUGACAAUUCAUUAGCAAAAGAAUUGUUGGACUAUGAACCACAAGAAACAUGGGAAGAUGCUGCCAUUCGCGUUGCCAAGGAAACUCGCCAAGCCCAUCCGGAGCUUUUCUCGUUGUAG